UCUGUGCAUUUUGUUUCUUCAGGUACAAAGCCCAAAGCUGGGGCUGUUCGCUUUGGGCCUGAGAGCCAUGAGGAGGGAGCAGCCAAUCACGUUCACUUUGAAGAGAAAUUACAUGAUUCGGUUGUCAUGGUAACCCGAGAGGACGAUGGCAGCUUCUUAGUGAAGGUUGGUUUCUUGAAGAUCAGUCACAGAUAUGAAAUCACGUUUUUGCUGCCAGUCUCCCAGAACCUGCGGCAAGAGACCCGCUCUGUCCCCCUGGCUAACCUUUAUCUGAAGCUGAUAGACAUUGCUCCAGUAGCAGAAGGUUAUCAAGUCAAAUGCGAGUACAUUGCCCACAAGGAAGGCGUAAUCAGAGAAGAAAUGGUCAUGGCCAGCAAGAUCAGUGAUCGUCCCCCUGUAAAAGUUACGUUGCAGGCCCGAGUCCUGGACCGGCUGCAUGGAACCCCGAUGCUGCUGGAAGGUGUCAAAUGCGUAGGCUCAGAACCAGAGUACGACUCCGAGCAAAGUGACUGGCAGGGAUUCGAUUAGCUGACGCCAGAACACUUUGCUCCGUUCGACCACAACAUCCAGGCUGUGAUCCCACACGACGAUGUGCUCGCUAAGCUGUGAAGUGACUCGCAAAGUUUAUCUAAACUGAAGAUCAAUCUUUCUCGCUCUCCUUCUUUUAUUUUAGUAUUCCAGUAUUCUGCUUGUAAAUGUUAUACACCUCUGGGAGCUAAACUUUAAAAAAAAAAAAAAAAAAAUGUGAAGGAAACUUCCACACUGUCUGUCCUUUUUAAAAUUUUGAGUGGGUUGUCUCUAUGUUGCCAUGUAUGGAAUUAAUCAGAGGAUAUAUGCAUAGAAUGUACAGUGGAGUACAAUUCAGAAUGUGUUUAUUUUGUCAUAUUGGAAAAUAAAUAAAUGAAAUCCAUUCUUAA